AUGGCUGAGUUUGGAGAUUUUAUAAAUGCUGUGGGGGAUUUUGGGCUGUAUCAGCAACUCCUGGUCCUACUCCUCUGCCUCCCUCAAUUUCUUACUGCUUUCCACAUGAUUGGCCAAGUGUUCAUAGUUGUGGAUGUGCCUCACCACUGUGACACCAGCUGGAUCCGGGCCAUUGGGCCCAACCUGACAGAAGAAGAGCAGCUGAACCUCACCCUGCCCCGGGAUGCGGAUGGGGAGUAUGAGCAGUGCUCCAGGUACUCACCAGUGGACUGGGACCUGGGCUCCAUCAUGGAAUACGGCCUGAACGCCACGGAGAAAUGCAUUGAUGGCUGGGUGUACCCCUCAGCACAGCCACCGUCCCUGCUGACUGAGGUCUUUGACCUGGUAUGUGACAAGAAGGACCUGACUGACAUCUCCCAGGCUGUCUACAUGAUGGGGCUUCUCCUAGGAGCUCUAACCUUUGGCCACUAAAUAAUGACUGUAUCUUCCCUCAUCCUCCACAGGAUAGGCCGUCGGCCAAUGUAUCUGCUCUCCAUCCUUCUCCCCUUGUUUGGUGUAGGAAUUGCCUUUGUGCCCCACUUCUAUGUCUACAUGGCCUUCAGAUGUGUCGUGGGGAUUGGGGUGUCAGGAAACACUGAUUAUUACCUUGGCCUUGCUACAGAGUGGGUUGGUGUCUCCUUCCGUCCCAAGGCUGUGAUAAUUACUCACUGCUGUUCUGCCAUGGGGCAGAUGAUUUUGGCUGGAUUGAGCUAUGGCAUUCGCCACUGGAGGCUGCUGCAGAUUGCAGGAUCUGCUCCCAUGUUUGCCCUUUUCUUCUACAUCUGGGUGCUGCCAGGAAUUCCACCUCGCUGGCUGGUCAGCAAAGGCAGAAUAGAAGAAGCUAAGAAGGUCCUACAGAAGGCAGCAUCCACCAACAAGCACACCAUCCCACCAGAACUCCUGGAGCAGUUGAAGCCUGAGGCACAGAUCAAGUCUGGAAGUAUUCUGGAUCUCUUUCGGAAGAAGCACCUCCUGAAGGUGACUUUGAUCAUGUCCUGUGCCUGGUUUGCAGACAGCCUUGUCUACUAUGUGAGUCUGAAUGUGACAGGUUUUGGGCUGAACAUCUACCUGACCCAGCUUGCCUUUGGGGCUGUGGAGUUACUAGGUCGAAUUUCCUGCAUUUACCUGCUACAGUGGUUUGGGAGGAAGAAAAUCCAGUCCCUUCUGCUGCUGCUCUCUGGCCUGUUAUGUCUCAUCAUCACUUGCAUCCCUGAAGACCAAGCUGUGGUGAUCACCAUCUUGGCCACCACUGGCAAGUUCACAUCCACAGUCGCCUUCUCCACCUCCUAUGUCUACACCGCAGAGCUCUUCCCCACGGUCAUCAGACGGUGCAGGGCUGUGCUCCAUGGCAGCACGGGUGUCGGGGAUCUUGGCCCCCUUGCUCCUUCUCCUGGGCCAGUACCACCGGGCCAUCCCCAUGGCCAUCUUCGGGGUGCCACUGUGGUGAUUGGGCUCCUCUGCUUCCUGCUGCCUGAGACCCAAGGCACCGAGCUGGCAGACAACGUGGGAACAGCCACUCCCCAGCUGAGCAACAAGACAGUGUUCAAGGCAGACAAUGGAGCAGGCUUGGAGAGGAAGAGCUAAGAUGCUUGGAGAGCAACUGAUGAAUGGACAGGGAUAUCCUAACAACUCAGUCUGAUCCAGUCCUUCUUGAAGCAGAC